AUGGGAGUCGAGUCGUCUGCCAUGAGGGGGGAGGAGGGGGGAGGGGGUGACGACACCGGCUUGAGGGCGGGUGCGGUCAAGGAGGGGGGAGGGACGACACCACCUGGAGGGUGCUGCGCCGUCCGCCCGCGGCUGCGCCUUGGCGCCCGUGGCUGCACCGUGUCGCCCGCGGCAGCGCUGUCCGCCUUGUCGCGGCGGUUUAGGCCACGACGAGCGCCCGCGUUCGUCGUGGCGGAUGCGCUCGUCCGCGGCUGUCGUGGCGGAUGCGCCCGUCCGCGGCUGUCGUGGCGGAUGCGCCCGUCCGCGGCUGUCGUGGCGGAUGCGCCUGUCCGCGGCUGUCGUGGCGGAUGCGCCCGUCCGCGGCUGUCGUGGCGCGUGCGCCCGUCCGCGGCUGUCGUGGCGCGUGCGCCCGUCCGCGGCUCACGUGGCGGAUGCGUCCGUCCGCGUUCGUCGUGGCGGAUGCGUCCGUCCGCGUUCGUCGUGGCGGAUGCUCCUGUCCGCGAUUUUUAG